GGAAACUCAACUUUGUCCUUCCUCUUCUCCUCUUCUCUUAUAUUCUCUGAAGAACCUAAGAAAAGCAAAAGCUUGAAGAAGGGCUAUAUACAUAGCCAAAUUUAUAGUAAAAGAGUCAUGGACUCGUCUUCUGGGUUUAGAAGGCCUUGUUUCGUUGAGGAAGAUGAUGGGUUAGCUUCUCUUGCUGAUAUGGAAGCUGGGUUUUCAGGGAACCACCAAAACCACCAUCACAACCACCCUUUCUUUUCUCGGUCGCUUUGUUAUGGGAGGAAGACGGGGAGUUUCAGGAACCUUUCAUCGUCUGUUGCUUCUCCAAGAUCUGCGAGAUUUUAUGAUGCGAGAUUUGAAGAUCAUCAGCCUCAUUUCUUGGAAGCUUGUUUUCUUUGCAAGAGACCACUGAGUGAUAACAGAGACAUCUUCAUGUAUAGAGGGGACACACCAUUCUGCAGUGAAGAGUGCAGGCAAGAGCAAAUAGAGAUUGAUGAAGCUAAAGACAAGAACUGGAACCUUUCUUCUUCCAUGAAAGCUUUAAGGAAAAAAGACCAGAAGAAAUCUAUAUCACCUCCUAAGACACAGGACUACACUUCUUGUACAGGCACUGUAGCUGCAGCUUAGUUUUACAAACAAAUAUAUAUACAUGCAUAUAGUUUAUAAUGUUAAUUUGCCCUGAAAAGAGAAAAAACAAUUACCAGAGGAAAGAACAGAAGGUGGAGGGUAAAGAACAGAAUAUAUAUGGUACUAUGUAUGGUUUUUGUCAGCAAGGAAAGGGCAAGAAGUGAUUUGGAGGAGGACAACAAGACCCACUUUGAGGAUUUUACAUUUUUGUUCUUUUUGGGCUUUUCUACUUCCUUCUACUUUCUUCUGUGAAUGUUAUAAAUAGGAUUGAGUAGUCAUGUGUGGAUUGAUGGAUCUGCUCUAUGAUGUGAUCUGUGAUCUGUAUAUGAUGUGGCUAGCUCUUUAUUUUGGUUUUCUUUUUCAUGUAAGGAGUUUGCUUUUCUCAUGUGUCAAGGAAGAAAUGAGAAAUUUCUUGAGUUCCCAGUUUCA